AGAAAUCAACGAAAAAAAAAAAAAAAAAAGAAAAAGAAAUCCACGCUUUCUGAGCUUUCUUCACUAGAUUUUAAUUUUUAGAGGAAGUUGCUCUGCAACGGAAACACGCGCUUCCUUCCUCAAACAAUGGCUACUUUUCUAUCACAUAUACACUAUUUUCAAAUUAAUCCUUCGUCUAAACCCCGAUUUCUCACUUCAAUUGUUCCCUGUUACAAUGUUCGUUUACAGGCCGCUGCUUCCAAAUCAUCACCAGAAAAGAGCACAACCACCAACACCAACACCAACACCUCGGUCGACAUUUCGCCGAAGAAGCCCAAACCUUCGGUUUCUCGUAAACGAGUUGAUUUGACCGAGCCUCGGUCUCCUUCCUCUUUGUCUUUGUCCGAUUCCUUCUCUGGUCUUUUCUCCCGUUUAAGAGAUGGGUUUAAGAUUGAUGAACUUGGUUCGGAAAUUUUGUCAAUUGCUUUGCCUGCUGCCUUGGCUCUUGCUGCUGAUCCCAUUACUUCACUUGUCGAUACAGCCUUCAUUGGUCAUAUAGGACCGGUUGAUUUGGCAGCAGUUGGGGUAUCGGUUUCUGUAUUUAAUCUGGUUUCAAAGUUGUUUAAUGUUCCAUUACUUAACAUCACAACAUCAUUUGUAGCUGAAGAGAAGGCAUUAGCUAGCGAAGCUAAAGAUAUUAAUCAGCUGCAAGGAAAGAAAUACCUACCAGCUGUUUCAACGUCUUUAGUGCUUGCUGCUGGUGUUGGCAUUGUUGAAGCGGUUGCGCUCUUUUUUGGCUCUGGAUUCUUAAUGAAUGUCAUGGGUAUACCAGUUGAUUCACCCAUGCGAGUACCAGCUGAGAAUUUUCUUGCUUGGAGGGCCUUUGGUGCUCCACCCAUUGUAAUUGCGCUUGCUGCACAAGGCACUUUUCGUGGAUUCAAGGAUACAAAAACACCUCUAUUUGCCAUAGGUGCUGGCAACUUACUGAAUGCAAUACUGGAUCCAAUAUUGAUAUUUGCAUUUGGUUUUGGCAUUGGUGGUGCUGCAAUUUCUACUGUGAUUUCUGAAUAUCUUAUUGCUUUUAUCCUUCUGUGGGAGUUGAAUGACAGAGUAUCACUGAUCUCUCCAAAUAUUGAUGGGAAGAAAGUUGUGAGCUAUCUAAGUUCUGGUGGUCUCCUUAUUGGCAGGACCAUAGCUGUGCUUUUGACAAUGACACUAGCCACAUCCAUGGCAGCUAGAGAGGGCCCCAUACCUAUGGCUGGUCAUGAAAUUUGCAUGCAAAUCUGGUUGGCUGUAUCUUUGCUUAAUGAUGCUUUAGCUUUAGCCGGUCAGGCUCUUCUGGCCAGUUGUUAUUCUCAAGGAAAUUAUAAACAAGCACGUCAAGUGAUAUACAGAGUUAUGCAGAUUGGUGGUGUAACUGGAGUUGCUUUGGGUGUGAUACUGUCCCUUGGAUAUGGAGCAUUUUCUAGCUUAUUCAGUACAGAUUCAGAAGUUCUGGAGAUUGCCUGGUCUGGUAUUCUGUUUGUUGCUGGGUCUCAACCAAUGAAUGCUAUUGCAUUCGUUGUUGACGGGCUUUACUAUGGCGUUUCAGAUUUUGGAUAUGCUGCCUACUCCAUGGUUGGGCACAAAAACUGGGCCAUGGAAACUGGUCUGGGCGACAGAGGAGCAGGAAAAAGAUUAAGUGAAGGAGAUCUACCAGUAUAUGAUCACAACUGCAGAAGAGGGUAAGGUCUUGGGACAUGUCUUGAUAAAGUGCUCAAGAUGUUCAAGGCUAUCAAACAACAUGUAUUAGCACUUUGGUUACUUCACCCUCAUAGCUUCAAAUUUGACCUAGUUGUCAAGGCUAGCAGGAUUCAUCAGCACUAGUAGUUUCCAGGACAGCUAACAACUCACCACAUUUAGGUUGUGUUAUUGUGGCUGAUUCUAGAUAUGGUAAGAAUUUCCGGAGCAAAGCACUUCUGAUUCACAGCUUUUCCAACAAUUUUUUUUAAUCAUAGCUAGAUGUGCAAAUAAUUUUAUAUUAUUCUCAUUCUGUGAUUAGUUGUAAAUUACUAUUUUAAUGUAGAAGAAUUAGAUGUGUAUAUACAUGUGUUUUUCUGAAUGACCUUAUGCCACAAUUUGAAUACAGUUGCGAUUUAGAGGAACUGGCCAUAAUUGUAAAUGGCAUAUUGAAUUUUUGAUGUAGUACUUAAUAUAUUGCUAUAUUAGUAACUUGUUGCGUUUUUU